AUGCACUUCAACUAUCUCUUGGUCGCUAUGCUGUCCGCUGGCUCCGGUCUGGCACAAGAGGACGGCGGCGACAAUAUCUCUGUCAAUUGCUACUGGCUGGGGACAGAUCCUAUGUGUUCUCCAGAAGAGUGUUGGAUACAGGAUGAUUCCCGCCCCUAUCAAAUGAGGACUAGUGAUUGCGGCGACGGUGACAAAUGUAGUCUUGGGGGUCUCAAGAGAUGUUGUUGCUCGUACACUGAUGACGCGACGUGGGACUGGUGCCUAGCAACUGAUCACUGUCGGUCCGGGCCUUAA